AAAUGCGUGAAAACGAGCUGUUCGAAGCUCAAUGUGAAAGAAUUAUCGGUGCAUAUCUGAGUGGUAUCAAGCAAACGGUUAUUUCAACUCAGCUUAGUAUUCCCACUAGCACUGUCAACGAUACUAUAAAAAGAUACAAAGAAACAGGUUCUGCAAUACCUGAGAAGCGUCCUGUUCGCUCUCUUAGUGAUAUAACAAGCAGAUUAAACUCUAGUCUUGAUACCACAUUGCAUAAUAAUACUGUUAGAAAAUACCUUCAUGAUGAAGGCCUUGGUAGUUAUGUCACUCGUAAGAAACCCCUUUUAACCCAAAAACAGCAAAAGGAUAGAUUUGCUCUUUUUGAAUCAGAUGGAAGAAUAAGAGCUUGGAGAAGUCCUGGAGAAGCUUAUAAUAAAAAUUGUAUCUUACCUACA